AUGUUUUUUGGAAAUGAUGGCUGUAUAUUAAAGUGGGAUUCGACAGACAAAAUGCUUGUUAUGCAACGUUUACCAGAUCCUACUGAAAGCCACACAAAACUUGUCCAAAAUUUUGCAAAAGUUUUCAAAAAUUUACAUUCAUCUGUCAUUUCUCAAACGGAUGGAACCAUUUUCCUUGCAGCAUGCCAAGGAUAUGCUGACUCUCUUGGCGAUAAUAAAUUUGGAUAUCCUCUAUUUAAACUUUUAGAAUCUUGUGUCUUAAAUUAUAAGGCCACAAAUGUUAAACAAGCAUUUAAUUCAGCAUUUAAGUUCUAUACAGAUAACAUUGCACCAAAUCCAGUUCAUCAAAUCAUUCACACGCUCGUUUGUAAACAAAAUCAAAAUUUCAUUGAAGAAUAUCAGAAUAUUGGAGGCUCUAUUCAAGUCGGAAAUAUGUUAUCAGCAGUUUACGCUGCUACAAAUAUCGAAGCAUGGCGUAUUUAUUUAAGUAACAUUCCUGAUGCGACAGAAUUCGAUAAAAAGGUCAUUGCCUUUAUCAAUGACGAAAACUACAACUUAGGAGACUGGAAAUUGAACAUUGCUGCAAAAUUAUGUUUUAGAUAUAACUCAAUUACGAAAUCAGAGCUCAAAGAUCUUUGUUAUCCACAUCUUUCUAAUGUCCAACCAAAUACUAUUGAUUCUAUCAUCAAAGUAAUGUUCGAUACCGACUUUUCUACUUUAAUUACAACAAUUUAUGCGAUGACAAACGAUGAAAUGGUUGCAGCCCACUUUAUUGAUAUUCUUUAUACAGUAUACGAGCAUGGCAAGAAUUAUCGAAGCAAUCCGGUUGAUCAACCAAGAAAUCUUGCAAUAAGAAGAUAUGUUGAGUCAUUAUUGCAAAAUACUGAGUUCGCGAAUGAAGCUGUGAUGUACCUGAAAACAAUACAGAACGGAGAAUCCAUAAUUGAAGUGAUUUUCCCAUAUAUUAAAAUGCAUCUCAAUCCUGUAACGCUUGGCUCCAUUAGAAAUACAAAGGAGUUCACAUGUAAGUUCACAGAACAGCAUUACAUCUUUAAUUUGCUCGAAAACGCAAGAAAAGAAGGCAAUGAAGCGGUAAUUAAGGUUUUGAACGAAGAAUUCCUUAACUGCAGUGUUUCUGAUCAGGAAAGGAUUGUUGCAGAAAACGAAGAUUUGAUUUUAUCCAAUUUGGAAAUUGAUAAUAAAAUUUUGCCAGCAAUGUUAGCUGCAGCAAAGAAUUCUCAUGUUAAAAGUGCUAUAACAAUGAGAUUGUUUAAUUUAAUAGAGACAAAUAAUACUAUUCCUCGUUAUGAAUAA